AUGCAUUUGAAAAGCAAUGUAGCUAUUACGUUGUACGUUCUUACAUUGGUAGUGUCAUUGCCAUUUCAAUUCACUUCUCAGAGAUAUUCUGAUAGAAUUGCAAAUAUUGCAUUUCUCAGAUUUUGGAACCAAUGUCUCAUCGAGAAACAUGGAUAUGCCUGGUUCACAAUAGUUUACUUAAGCUUUAUUUUAACUUAUUGCAGUGAAAAGUCGUUGAGAGUCCCAGAAGUCGUUGUAUAUCGUUUUAUUUCUGUUUAUUGUGUCAAUACUGUGAUUUUUUUGGCGUUGAAUAUAUGGUGCUUUGGGCCCUCAAUAUUCGAUCGAAUCAAUACUAUGACUUCCGGAUGUUGCUCCAUUGAAUCCAUUGAUUACAAGAGAAAGUGUUUAGAGCAUAAUGGCAAAUGGAUUAAUGGAUUUGAUGUGUCUGGUCACAUGUACUUCAUAUCUUCUACAAGUUGCCUCAUAUGGCAAGAGAUGUUGAAGGGUUUACUGGGAUUCAGUGAGUCAUCUACAGACUCUUUGCAGACAGAUACAGAAGCGCAGGUUGCCAGCAAUUUGAUAGGAAAUGAAAAUAGAGAUGGAGAAAUGGAUGAGAGAAAGAAGCAGGCUCUUAAUAAAAGGGCUAAGAAGUGGAUUAAAAAUGUAAUUUUUUCCUAUUCACUUCUUUACGUAUUAUUAACCUACUGUAUGUACGUGGUUACUUGCUUUUUCUUUCACACGGCUUUUGAAAAGAUUAUUGGACUUAUUUUUGGUAUGACCCUUCCCUCGAUCCUAUUCUUUUUUGAGAGAAAAGACUGA